AUGGAAAGCAUUCGAGCAAAGAUCAAACGCCGUCUCAGCCACAAAGACAAGGACAUCAACUUCGACGACCACGAUUCAGCCGAUGAAGAAACCACGGACUAUGUCACUAAAGAGGCCGAUGACGCAGAGAGGGAAGGCCAUGACGCAGGCAAGCCUGGAAGCUUCUUGAACCGACUGAUUCUGCACGGCAAUAAAAAGACUGAAGACCAACUCGCUCGCGAAAUGGCUGCUUCAAAUCCGUCGGCCGGCGGCACGGAUAGACAGGUUACUCAACAAUGA